AUGAGACCUCAGCUGAUGGAUAGUGUUGUAGUGAUGUAAUAGCCUGUUUUGUUGCUACGGAUGGCUGUUUGUGCCAGGCUCUGCGGAGUGGGUCAGUCCCGGAGCUGCCGGAGGCGACAGCGGAGCAACCAGCCGGACAAGGGAGGGAGCGAUUCCGACAUGGACGAGGAAGAGGGCGAGCAGAUCGUGGGCACUCGGAAAAGCGACGCAGGCGGCCGCCGCGGAGGCCCGGGGGGCGUCGUCGCCACUGCAGGGCCGGGAGGUGACGCUCGCGGUCGGGAUCGAACCAACACCGGCUCCGGACCUCAACACCCCGAGUGUUUAGUGGAAUUACCGCCGGAGCUUUUAGUGGAAAUAUUCUCCCUGCUUCCCGGAACAGUCCUGCCAAAUGUUGCACUCGUAUGCAGGAAAUUCAGACAGCUCCUCAACACGGAAACCAUCUGGAGAAGGCGAUGCACAGAAGAGUUUGGCAUGAAUGAGGAUCUGAGGAAGAUGGAAGCAGGAGGCAUCUCCAGCCAAGACCUCUACGUCAAACUGCUUCACCCUUACAGACAUAUUUUGGGGCUUUGGCAGCCUGACAUUGGCCCCUACGGUGGAUUGCUUAAUGUUGUGGUGGAUGGGUUGUUCAUCAUUGGCUGGAUGUAUCUGCCACCUCACGAUCCUCGUGUAGAAGAUCCCAUGAGAAGGAGGCCACUGUUCCGAAUUCACUUGUUGGACAAUAAAAAGGCCACUGUGGAGUGCAUGUAUGGACACAGGGGUCCUCACAAAGGAGAUAUACAGACUGUAAAGAAGGACGAGUUUUCAACAAAAUGUAAUCAAACUGAUUAUCACCGGAUGCCAGGAGGCAGACAGGAGGAAUUUAGAACUUGGUUGGAGGAGGAGUGGGGUCGUACACUGGAAGACAUCUUUCACGAACACAUGCAGGAGCUCAUCCUGAUGAAGUUUAUUUAUACCAGUCAAUACGAUAACUGCUUGACGUACCGGCGGAUUUACCUGCCUCCUGCGAUGCCCUCCGAUCUGCUGGAGCCCGGCUUAUUUAAAGGUACAUACGGUAGUCACGGCUUGGAGAUCGUCAUGCUCAGUUUCCAUGGGACUUCUGUGAGAGCCACUAAACUCACUGGAGACCCCAAUGUCCCUGCAGGGCAACUCACUCUGGAUAUUGACUUGAAUCGACCUGUGGUCCUCCCAGACUUGGAGCAACAGCGCAAAAUUGAAGAGCUGUCACAGAUUAUAAUGAGGAUACACGAUGAGAUACAGAAGGAGGCAGAACAGCAGGCCAACGGUGCCUUUUCAACAGCCAGAUGUGCAGCGGAGGGAGCCUGUGGUGGUGCAAGUGAAGCAGAAGCUAUGGAGGAAGACCACGGUGCCUCUUCUGACAGCUGCCAGUCAGGCCCCAGCGGGAGCAGUCAUUCUUCUGAAGCCCUGCCCUUCGUCCUGCCUCUGGGGGUCAUGGCUCGCAAUGAGGUGUACCCUCGCACCUGCAGGAAAUGCUUCUAUGGAACUGGCCUGAUUGCUGGCCACGGCUUCACAAGUCCAGAGCGCACCCCAGGGCUCUUUGUGCUAUUUGAUGAGGACCGUUUUGGUUUCAUCUGGCUGGAGUUGAAGUCUUUCAGUCUGUACAGUCGGCUGACGGACCACCUAGAACACGCCCAUGCCCCGAGCAUGGAGCGGUUUGAGGCCAUGCUGCGCAACAUGCAGUCUUGGACAUCCUGAUACAUUAAGCUUUAAGUCUCCAUCCUCAUUGCAAGGCAAAGUAACCAUUACAUGUGAAUCACCUCUGCUGAUAUUUCAUGACCUUAACUCUUCAGGUUCUGUCUGUAAAAGGUAUUUAUUUUCCUGAGUCAUCUUGACAUUGCACACUUGUGUGUCUGCUCUUGUACAUGGACUCUGAAGGGCCUCCCAGGUAACUGUUUUAUCACCUCAACCUGAUGUGACCUUCAUCCUCUAGUGCAGCAUGAUAACAGGUCAUAUAAAAUGUAUUCCCUGCAGAGAAAAAAGCAAUCCUAUCUCUUCUGUCAACUAUUAAGGAGCGAACUAUGUGCCUGCGAUUCCAAAAAAGUCUGUACUCGACUGCGCUUGAAACAGAAUGAGGGUGGCCAAUGUAUUCUGCUACAUAAUAGUAUUACACCAAUUUUAGUGCCCAACAUGUUCAAGUGCAUGCUGCGUUCAUUUAUUCGUAUUGCACACAUAACCACUAUCUGAACAUGUUUGUUUUAAUUAAGCAGCAUGCCUUGCUUUUCCUUUUUGUUUAGCCUGUAGAGACAUAAGAGACAUCUCAGGUGCUUUUAUUGGCUGCAAAGCGAGACAAAAGUACACGUAUAACAAAACUAAUUUACAUCAAAUAUUUAAUUAAAACUGUUUUCAACUGGUCAGUUUUCUAACUUUUUGAGUAUUUUCAUCUAAUACUAGAUACACCACUUAGUUUUGACCUGACUGAUCCAUUUUUGCCCUUUGCAGUGAUAUGCAUCAUACUUAAUAUCACCACACCCAAUAUAUUAGCCUGUUAUGUAAGAUGCAGUGAUGUGCUGGAAAAAGUAACCUUUGCAAGAGUUGCCAUUAAUCAAACGUCUGCUUCUGUCAAAAUGUUUCCUCACAUUUUUCAAAUGUAGUGGAUGUGUUGUUCAUUUUCAUGCCUGACGGUUUGCAUGGCUUUAGUCAUGCAAAACUUUAACCUCCAUUUUCCCCUUAAUGAUUCCCAACCAGUGACAAGACUAGCAGGUCAUAAUUCAAACCAUCUGCUCAAAGUGCAUCUUCAAGUUUCAAGUAAAUGUCUGUAUGUCUCAUCACGGCUUGAUGGUGUUGCCCAGUAGCUUUUCUACUCCAAGUGCACUUUUCUGGGCAGUUUAUGAAAUCAUUUAAAAACCAGUGGCCAACACUUCUGUUGUUUUUAAUCAGAUUUUUUAACAUUUGCGAAACAAGCGUCUGCUAAAACGUCCUUGUACUUUUCAUCAACUUCAUCUCAUCUUUUUUUAAUUUAAAUUUCCCCUGUAAACCCAGCUCUUUAAAUAAUUUGCCUUUGAAGUGUUGCUUUGUAUUGUUAACAAUGCAUUACGGCUGACUUUAUGAAAGAAAAAAAAAGAUUUUGACUUUUUGAACUGCUCACAUCAGACUUCAGGGAGCUUUUCAGCUUAAGCACUCUUCUCAGUAAUAAAAGUAUGAAAAUCAA